AUGGGCUCAUUUCCAAGUGUAGCCUCGCGAUUCUCGGCAGCGGCAUUGCUUGCUAUAGUUUCUGCUGAAGACAUCGAAGUGGUCGACAAUGUCGAGGCGUCAGCGUUUUUGCAAAUUGCAGGUGUUUGUGUUUUCGUCAUUUCCAGCAUAUUUCUCUUAUCCGUGUACUUGCUACCACGUUGGCUGUUGCGCUUCGUUGAGUGGAACUCGCAUCCGUCCGUGCUAUGGAGCGUGCGUACAACGUCACGCAUAUGUUCCCUUACUAUUGACGAUGCACCAUCAUCUUCUACACCCGCCAUUCUUGAUAUUUUACGCGAACAUAGCAUCAAAGCGACCUUUUUUAUCAUUUCAGGACACAUCCCAGGCAAUGAAGAGGUACUUCGCCGAAUUGUGAGUGAGGGUCAUACACUAGCAAACCAUCUUACGGAGGAUCGAGCUAGCAUUUUAGACGAGCUGCACGUCUUUGAGCAGAAAAUACAGGAAUGUGAGCGAGCCAUCAGUGAAUUUCAACAGGGGGUGACUGAUCAAGAGACGCUGAUGAUUCCAAAUCCACCGGAGACGCAGCAGCUAUUGCUUGAGGAAAAGAAAUUAGAAACUUCUCUGCCGGCAACGAAUGCUAUGAAACAAACUAAGCACUCGAAGAACAAGUGGAUUCGUCCUGCGUCGGGUUGGUUCACGACACCCAUGAGAGAGAUAACAGCGCGUCACGGCUAUCGCAUCUGUUUGGGCAGCGUCUACCCUCACGACGCGCAGAUUCGGUCCGAGACUAUCAACUCAAUGUAUUUGCGAAAUCGCACUGACUGUGGAUCAAUCAUUAUCGUUCAUGACCGCUCAUGGACAAUUGGCGUCUUGAAAACGGCCCUACCGGUGCUAUCACGCAAGUUCCAGUUCGUGACUUUGGAUGAGUUGGUGGAAUUCAACAAACCUCUACGACAUGAAGAAUUAUGA